GGAGGGAAGAGAGAAAAGAGAAAGCUAGCUGCCUUUGUCUUUGGGCCAUGGCGGAGUUCAAGCACCUUUGCAUGGCCAAGUUCAAGGAAGGCGUCGUGGUGGAGGACAUCAUCCAGGAGCUCACCAAGCUCGCCGCGGAGCUCGACACCGUCAAAUACUUCGGCUGGGGCAAGGACGUGCUGAACCAAGAGGCGCUCACGCAGGGCUUCACCCACGUCUUCGUGAUGACCUUCGCCAGCGCCGAGGACCUGGCGGCGUGCAUGGGCCAUGAGAAGCACUCUGCGUUCGCCGCCACCUUCAUGGCCGCGCUCGACAAGGUCGUCGUCAUGGACUUCCCCUUGGUCUUCGUCAAGCCGGCGCCGCCGCCUGCCUGAUCCGCCUCCAGUACCCUCGACCAACAGCUAUCACCAAGCAUAGGUGUGCCAACUAUCUAUCUGCUGCAGCUCAGCUCUGGUGCAGUGUAGGAGUACCUGAGCCUCCUUUCUCUGCUUCAGUGUUUAGCUGGUGCAGCUGCCAGUGAGACUGUAAUGCCGCGUGUUCCGUUGAAAAGUUGUUUGGUUAUCCACCCUUGAAUAAACUUCU